AGUAGGGCGAUAGUCUCCACUCAUAGAACCGACGGGAGCAGCAGCCACAGGAUAACGUGAUUACUGCUCUAUUAGCUCUCCGCUAGUGAGACAGACUUAGAUWCGGAGCGGAUCAUUCUGUGGAGAGGAAAGCUGACUGUGAAACGUUAGCUCGCGCUCUUCCAUGGAACAYAGAAGAGAUGCGCGAGAAGCCAGCUGAUUCGGGUAACUGACCUGCAUGAAGAAGUUGCUCACUGUCCAUUCUAUUGUCGGCCACUCAAAAGGACCCAAGUGACACAGCACAAUGCUUGAGAUGAAGUGACAAUCAGCUGUAUUCAACCUAAACUGUUCUUGAUCGACCAACAUGCAAUGGAGCGAAAAAUAACUACAGAAAAACCACUGAAGAGUCCCACUCCCUCACUUUCCAGUCUUCCAGUUGCUAACUACAUGGUCUCCUGGAUGACAUUUGCUGACCUUACAUGAUUGGAUCCCUGAGGAUCUAAGGAGAAUCAAUGGCGGGGUGGGAUAACAUGACGAACGUGACCAAUGAGACUCUUACAAGCACGACCAUCAUGAGCAACAUGACCAAUGAGACCAUCCUUUGGGGUCCGCCCUAUAGCCUCCAGAUCUCGUUGCCUCUAACGAUCCUGGUCGGGAUGCUCAUCCUAUUGACAGUCUUCGGCAACGUCUUAGUGGUCAUCGCUGUGUUUACUAGCCGGGCCCUGAAGGCCCCUCAGAACCUCUUCCUGGUUUCGUUGGCGUCGGCGGACAUUUUGGUUGCGACCCUGGUCAUGCCCUUCUCCCUGGCCAACGAACUCAUGGGCUACUGGUACUUUGGUAAAGUCUGGUGCGAGAUCUACCUUGCACUGGACGUUCUCUUCUGUACGGCAUCCAUCGCCCAUCUGUGCGCCAUUAGUCUGGACAGGUACUGGUCAAUCACCAAGGCCAUCGAGUACAACCUGAAACGGACACCGAGCAGGAUCAAGUGCAUCAUCGUCAUCGUGUGGGUCAUCGCCGCGGUGAUCUCGUUCCCGCCCCUCAUCACCAUGGAGAAGGAGAGCGAUAAAGAGGAGGGGCCGGUGUGUAAGAUCAACGAAGACAAGUGGUACAUGAUCUCGUCCAGUAUCGGCUCGUUCUUCGUGCCCUGCGUCAUCAUGAUCCUCGUUUACAUCCGGAUCUAUCAGAUCGCUAAGAAACGGACGCGGGUACCACCGGGCGACCGGAAACCCAAAAUGGCGGCCGCGGUGUCGCCGGUGACGGGCAAGAAGGAGAACGGGGCUGGGGGAGUCGGAGGUGACCAACACGCUUGUCACGAGAAGCUCAACGGAGAGCAAGGAGACAUAGAGGGGGAUGAACACAGAGGAGAGGAUGAGAAAGAAGGGGAGAUAAACGGCGUGGACAUGGAGGACUCCUCAUCGUCUGACCACCAGGUCAACAACCCCUGUUCUAUCAAGAAG